AUGGACGCCAUGGAUUUGACUGAGGAUGAUAUUGCCUUCUUGAAGAUAUGCUCGUCCGGCGCACAGAUAGACUAUGCCGUGUGGCCAGCUCUGGUUUCCCGCCUCAUAUAUAGGGUAGAGAAGGUCAUUCCAAACGAGUUCCCAGUCCCCUCAGCGCCUCGCUCGCCAUCGAGUGUUACAGCCUCCCCCAAUACCAUACAGUCACAAAAAACAGCGCCGUCGCCAUCAGCCGAUAACUCGAGUCAGAGUGUGGCAGACUUGGCUCAGUCGGCAGACAAGGAGUACAUCACCCCAACGCCCACGCAGAAUACCAGCACCUCCAACACCUCAACCAAUGCGCCUGGCUCCCUCCAUCCUCAACUCGACUCCCUACUCAGUUCUAUAGUUGCGACACUCAACACUCACUUUACGUCAUAUCCUCCCCAUACGAUCCAGCGGCUGUCGGAGCUCAUCUUACAACCAAAACUCCAUUAUCGGAGCCUUCCUGCAUAUCUGCACGCGUUCGAUCGCGUCGUUCACGUCACAUCCGGCGCGCAUUUAUACCCCCUACCAACACCAGUUCCCAAUGCCAAUGGCGCCAAGAUCCUUACCAAUGGAAUAUCCAGCGGUCCCGACCCGGAAUCAGUAUCCUGGGGUAAUACAACACAAGUCCAGCCCAACCUCGGCAGCGACGAAAGCUUGGGGGGUGCUCUGCUCACUCCAAUCUCAUGGAUCAAAUCUAUUUCGGCUGCCAGUAGAGAGGCUGCAGCUUCCGACAUGGAAGGCGAGGUCAAGACGGAAGGGACGGAGACUAUUGAUGGCCCGAAUGGAGCUGGUAGCAUCGAAACGGUGUCUGUGUCGGUGAAUGGCGUUUCAUCAACCACGCUGGCUGCUGUUGGUGACAGCAACAGCAAUGAUAGUGGACUGCGGGCUGGUGGGGGUGUUACGCAAGGAGAGCUCUUGCGGCAAGAACAGCGCGCGGGGGUAGUACCCGCAACUCAACUCGCCCACAUGCAGCCGCAUCCCAAUGGCGAUGGCGAAGAAGAUGAGACGCCGCAUGCCCGUGGCCCUGAGGAGAUUGGCAUGGAGGACAUGGGACCUCAAGGUCCGGGGAAUAAUCUGCGACAUGGCAUACAGGGCAUCGAUGUUGAAGCUGCGGUUGGGAGGAAAGUUGAAGCCUUUGAGGGCGAGGAAACUGAAGAGAAGCCUUCAACCCCAAAGAGGGAGGCCGAUGAAGAGAUUCAGACUAGUAGUAAGAGGGCCAAGGAUGAAAACGAUGGUGACGAAGAUAUGGCCGGUGCUACUGAUGCUGGAAAUGAUAAGUAA